AUGGAGCGCCGCGCUUCGUCCUUUUUCGCCAUCUUGCUAGCCGUCGCAGUGGUUCUGUUCUGCGCUUCGGCGCGUGUGGAUGCGCUAUCGAUGGCCCGCAUUGGAGGCAAAUAUACUGACGUCAAAGGCGCCGCAAGCAACAAGGACAUCCGGUCACUGGCGCAAUGGGCCGUCAGCGAAAUUAACAAGCAAGAGGGCACGGCGUACAGCUUCGUGUCGGUGGUGUCGGCUCAGACAGAACUCGAGGUUCCCAGCAGCUACCGCAUCAAGAUCAAGGCCACCGACCUCUCCGCCCUGCCCUCUAAGAGAGCCUACACGCUCGGAGGCGGUCCUUCCGCCGGCGCGGGCGGCGCGGGCGACGCGUUCAAGAAGGUAAUGUCGAUGCUGCGAGGCGGCAAGACGACGAUGCCGACGGCGAAUUCGAUGACGCCCAAAGGGAAUGGUGCCGUCAGCGCGCUGGUCACGCUGCUCGUGGAUGCGGUGGAUGGGUCGGCCUUGGGCCAGCCGAACGAGCUGAAGAAUUUCACGAAGCUUUAG